GCCUUUUCGCACCAUUUGACUUCAGAUCUAGCAAAAGACCAAACAGUUUAACAUCAUGAAAAGAUUCAAUAUUUUAUUUCCACUGACUGCCAUUUUUUUGGUAUUUCUCGUUCUCGGUGAUGCCUAUGAGUAUAGAAGAUAUAUAGAUACAUCAAAUGGUUACUGCGAGACCAAACGUUUUGGAAGAAUCCCUGUAGGAGAGACAUAUUAUAGUGAUGACGACUGUGAAAGAAUCAUUUGCUCUAAUGGACAUUACACUGGACAAGGGUGUGGUCAAUCAGCAUUAUCGGGAAGCCCCAAUUGUCAUCUGGUCCGAAGAUCUGGACAUUACCCGGACUGUUGCAGGUCUGACAUUGUGUGUGCUGAAGGAGAUGAUCCCAGCAAUGUCGUCAUUACUGGUGUGUUAUAAUGUGAUGUCACUCCUUUUGUAUUCCAGGAUGGAAGUUAACUGCAUUGGAUAUCAUCAAAAAGUUUGUUUUCUUAUUUCUUGCGGUAAAUAAUUGUACGCUAUUUACUAUAUAUAUAUUAGAUUCUAUGUAUCUUGUUGGUCAACUUCUUCAAUAAAUGACUUCUACUCAUUUCA